AUGGUUAAUGAAUCAGUUGUAAUACGCGGAAUUGAAACUUCUCAUUGGCGAUAUCAACUGACCAAAGGCAUCGCAAAUUUGACUAUCGAUACAUAUUUUACAAAUGGAUGGAACAGCGAAGCCGGAACGAAGCAAAAUAUUCCAGUGCGUUACGAUGUUUUUGGCAAAUUAAAAAACAAUCCGUUCCAUGUUAUUUAUGAUUUUUACUUUUUCCAAUAUCGUGAUCGAUUUUGGUUUGAAGAUGAAGUUGUUGAAUUUGAGAUGCCAACAACUGUGUUAUGUGAAGGAGCAGACGUUUCGGCGAAGCUACCAGAAAUUGCAGACACUUAUUCUUAUACCGUAGAAAUCAUCGACUCAAAUUUAUAUAGUAUUGAAAUUUCAAAGGUUUGGUACGACAAAAACAAUAAAUUAUUACGUCAAGAUUUCCACCCGAGCAGUUACCCUUUGAGUGGAUAUCCAAACGACUGGAAGCUUUAUCCCGAUUUUGGUGGCCCUGACGAACAGUUAAGCAGCAUUCCAAUCAUGAUGGAAGUCUUUAUUAAAGAUCAACAAACAUCUGGCUUUGAUUCGAAUAUGAUACCUUAUUACACCUAUAAUUUCAUCGAUUUUACGAAUGAUGUGAAUGCCGGCGUGUUCAGUAUCCCCCAAUGCUACAGCAGAAACACGGAAAUCUAUUUUAAGAUUGGAUUUCCAGGAGUUUUAUAUCCAGCAACGAUGAACAGCAUGCGAAAAAAAAUGCAUUCAUUGAUUGCUGCUGUAAGCGGCAUCUUUCCACAUCGAGUGCAAAAAUUGUCCAUUCAUGACGAUUCAAAUUUUUUUUAUAAAGAAAAAAUUAAAUACACCGCCAGAACCAUCGAGUUAGUGUUUGGUGUAAUCGAUAUAGAAGGCAAUCCAAAAUUUCCCGCUCAAAUGUCAUACCGUGUGGAAUUUUCAGAGCCGGCCUUAGAGAAAGUAAACUUUCAUGCGGUGUGGUAUGACAGUGAACGUAAAUUGCUUCGCUUAGAUGAACGUUUUUCCAAACCGAAGGCGCCGUUCUAUUCACUCAAUCCCUUGACCACAAUCAAUGAUUUUAGUGAAGGUGCUCCAUUUGCAACACUGACGAGUUUAUUCAGUGGAACAUCGGCAUUUGUUAAGCAAAUUGUUUCUUUUCAUGCCACUAAGUCCAACAUCUCUCCAUUCACAGUUACAUCAGAGGAGACAUAA